CUACCACAGAAAGUGGAAUCUAAAAUUGCCCAUGGCCCAUCGAGUCUUGAAUGGCCGAGGUACCUCCACACAUCCGGAAAUUUCUUUUCCGUUCGUCGAAUUCGAGAAAUUCCGCUAAUUCUGAAUGUCUUGAAGUCUCCAUACCGGAGGUUGUAAGCCCCAGUUAUGGUAUGUAUACAUGGCCUUGUGCCCCAGUCUUGGCACAGUAUGUCUGGUACCAUCGCCAUGCCUUCAUUAACCGCAAUGUGUUAGAAAUUGGUGCUGGGACAGCAUUGCCGGGCAUUGUUGCUGCAAAAUGUGGUGCUCAUGUCAUUCUGUCGGAUUCGGGGCAGUUGCCCAAGUGCCUCCGGAAUUGUGAGACAUCAUGCCAAGCCAAUGGUUUGAGUGAUAAUGUUGCAGUUGUUGGGUUGACUUGGGGACUCUUUACCCCUGAAUUACUCCAUCUAGGACCUGUUGACAUAAUUCUUGGCUCAGACUGCUUCUAUGAUCCUGCCGUAUUCGAGGAUAUUUUAGUUACUGUGUCGUACUUACUAGAGCAUAAUCCAGGGGCCCAGUUUGUCUGUUCGUAUCAGGAGCGUGCAUCGGACUGGUCAUUAGAACAUCUCUUGCAUAAGUGGAAUUUAACAUGCACACAAUUACCUUUGACUUCUUUUGAAGCUGACACUACCAAUAUAGCAGAAUCAAACUUGCCUGGCUCACACACAAUUCAUGUGUUUCAGAUUACAAGAACUUCCAGAAGCUGA